AUGGGCCAUUAUCUUUUUUACCCUAACAACAACUCAUCUACGAUCUCAUCUUUUCUACUCUACUCUACCAGUACGCUCUCAACCUAUUAACAAUCAAUCUAUUCUACACUUGUUUAUCAAUUGAAAGGAAGGUGAUAUGGCAAUGAACUGCAUCAAGUCAUUGAGAAAUCUCCCUGUUACCGGUGGAUUAGGAUCUUCUAGAACAUUUGCUGCUGGGGCUAAAGCCAAGAAAGGCAAGGGUGGGGCCGCUGCUGAUGCUCCAAAACAGUCAACUUUAAGCAAAGAAGUCAAAUCCACAACUGUUGUCGGGGCAAACAUACUUAAAGAUGGAACCGACCCUAAAAUACUACCCGACUCUGAAUACCCGGAUUGGCUAUGGCACCUUCUGGACAAGAAACCGGCUUUGAGUGAGCUUAGAAGGAAAAAUAUAGAAACUCUCCCUUAUGAAGACCUAAAGCGGUUUGUGAAGCUCGAUAAUCGGGCAAGAAUCAAAGAAAACAACACUACCAAGGCCAAGAACUGAUUCAAGUUUAGAAUCAUCAAGAAUUUUAGGUAUGUAACAGAUGGUUAUUGCUUAUCAUACUAUAAAGUUGGCAUUUUUGUUCUGAAGUUCAUGCGUCAUUCAUCCUCUUUGGUUGGUUCAUGCGAAUACAUUUUAAUAAUUUGAAACUGGACAUUUGUUUUCUUAUUUGAGCAAUUAUCAUGU